UGCUGGAGUCAGAAGCCCCUGAGCACCAACUGAAUAUUCGGGGUACGUGAAGGAUCGACCAUGUCUCCUAUGGUAUCAGCUUCACGUAUUUCCAAACUUUUUGGCUGGCUAGUAAACGCCGCCAAAUCCCAGGGCGAUGAACCACAGGCCUCGACCCCCUCAACUGAUGACCAGUCUCAGAGACCUGGCGCAGUAAAUCGUCCUUGGGUCCUGUCCCCGUUAGAGAAGCUACCUCUAGAGCUACAGGUUCUUAUUUUGGUAUCCGUUCCGGACAGUGACACGUUGCGAGGUCUCAUUGAUGCCUCCCUGGUCUAUCAUAGAGCUUAUGUAUCAUCCAAGAAAAAAAUCCUCUCGGCACUGAUCGAGAAGCAGCAACUUCCUGGCACGGAAGUUGAUGCGUUGGCAGCGUUAUUAUCACUUGAUUACGCCGAUGGUAUGCAGGAUCACCCGGAUGAAGUGAUUGCCUUCCUUGAUAGGUACCGCCACGCCAGAGGGAGGGGCAAAUGGUUGAAUAAGAAGAACCCUCCGCUCCCUGUCCGGUGGCGACCACCACAAACAGAUGCCGACGACCUGAUUACCAUGGUUCGGUUUCACAACUAUACCGAGCUCCUCACAGAUCGAGUCUUGGAGUACAUGGAAAAGACAAAUGAGAGGUAUAAGUUUGCUAAGGUGGACGGGUUCAUCACCAUUUCUACACAGGAAAGAGUGCGCAUCUAUAGGGCUAUCUAUCGUCUCCAGAUAUACUACAAUUUAUUCGGCAUGGCAGAGUCAACCUCACGUAUGCAGACUGACAAUCUGUUUGUGGAUCCAGAAGGGGAUAAUCCUCCUCAAAAACAAAUCUGGGACUUAUUCUUCAGGACCUUCACGGGCUGGGAACGAACGGAGAUAUAUACGAUAGAACACGUCGUGAUUUCCUGCACCGUGGAAUUAAUCGACAAGCUGGUUCCAGACCCGGAUAAGGAUGUCCGAUAUAUAUUACCACCUGAUGAUUUCUAUUAUCUUCUCUUUGAAUCUAUCGCCUGCGCUGGACCUCUAUUUUUGGCAAAGGUCAUUCGUCAAAAGACACUCGAGCAGCAAUACUCGGUCGUUGCGGACAACUUUGACUGCCUCUUCAGUUCAAAGUCAAGCAAAAUAGGAUGUGGACCCAUACAUUCGAGCAUUAUGAACCUUUGCGCUGCGGAGGGUUUUCUACCGCACCACCUACUGUAUCCAGUGGAUAAAAUUAUUUUCGCCAUAGCUACCAUGGAAGGCGACGGAGAUUUCGAUCUAUCACAGAUGCCCUGGUAUGAGAUGCCCAGCGCAGGAUAUGAAUAUUAUUUCCGGUACUCCCAGUUUUGGUUACCCGUAGACGGUCGACACAACAAUACGCAAGAGGAGGGUGGACAUCCUAUAAUGGCGUCUAGGCUGAGAAGGGUUUUACAAGGUGGACCUUGGUCAUUUGUGUUUUGGGACCGCGAGAGGCUGGUUCAAGUUGGAGUCAUGAAUGCAUUACCCAAUAAUAGUUCUAUAUAAUUCUUGGAGCUGCUUUGGGUAUUGGUUUUGGCAUGUACCAAAUAGACGCUUCGCGUUCUAUUUUCCGAGUAUUCCCUGGGCGUUGUAUGGCUGGACGGCCACCUCGACUGGGACACCUAGUUUUGGUCAAGGAAAACAACAUGUAUAUAGCUGUAGAUCAUGGCUUGACAUGUACAUAAUAUCUUCAGCUUAUAAGUUGCAACCCAGCAUAAUGCUACAUAGGGAAUAACAAUCGUCCGUC